AUGCCUUUGUCUAAGUUGCAAGGGGCUAAGCUCCCCGCGUCCGCUGACUUUCAUGUCCACCUACGUGACGGUCCGAUGAUGGAGUUGGUGACUCCCACCAUCCGUCAGGGUGGAGUGAACACUGUCUUUGUCAUGCCCAACCUGGUACCACCCAUCACCACUGUUGACCGUGCCCUCGACUACCAGAAGCGCCUGCAGGCCAUUGAGCCCAAUGUCAACUAUCUCAUGUCGCUGUACCUGCACGAGACAAUCACCCCAGAGACAAUCAUUGAUGCCAAGAAGCGUGGCAUCACUGGUGUCAAGAGCUACCCGGCUGGUGUGACGACAAACUCGAGCUCGGGCGUUGUCGAUUACGACCAAUUCUAUCCCGUCUUUGCUGAGAUGGAACGUCAGGACCUGAUUCUGAACCUACACGGCGAGUGCCCUUCCAUUGGGGAUGUGACUGUCUUAUCAGCCGAGGAAAGAUUCCUGCCAACUCUGCUUGACCUCCACGCCAAGUUCCCCAAGCUCCGUAUCAUCCUGGAGCACUGCACCACUGCCGCAGCUGUGGAGGCUGUCAAGAAGUGUGGCCCUACCGUUGCCGGUACAAUUACUGCCCACCAUCUGUCCAUCAUCAUCGACUCUUGGGCGGGAGACCCAUUCUGCUUCUGCAAGCCUGUCGCUAAGACUCCUGCCGACCGCGACGCUCUUCUUCGGGCGGCAGCCUCGGGCAAUCCCAAGUUCUUCUUCGGAUCUGACAGCGCACCACAUCCCGCAGCUUCUAAGCGCGGUGGGGAGAAAAUCGCCGCCGGUGUGUUCACUCAGCCGUACACAACCCAGGUUGUCCUCGAUUCCUUUGAGCAGGCCUGCGAGAACGGCGUUCUGAAGGAAAACGACAUUACCCCGGAGCUUUUUGAGGGAUUCAUGAGCAGGUUCGGUCGGGCAUUCUAUGGAAUUGGUGAUGAGAAGAAAGAAUUCAUCACCCUGGAGAAGAAGGGCGAGAAGAUUGCACAGAUCCUGCAGUCUGAGACAACUGACGUUGUCCCCUUCCGCAAGAAUCAGGAGACAUGGACCGUAUCAUGGUCUUCGUAG